GUGGCAAGUGACACAUCAGAUCCAUAUCCAGGCGAGAAAGAACCAUCUUCUUCCUAACACGCAACUCGAUUAUAUAAAAUGCUGUCCAAAUCGCAGAGGUCCAACUUCACACUCUACAGUCCAGACAAUUCUAACCUCCGAGCAGAAUCACCAUGUCGUUAAUGGCAUCCAUCCUCCGUCGGAGGGGGCAACGUGGCGAUGCUUUCUUCCUCCUUGUCCGAUCGUUCUCCGUUUCUUCUUCGACUCCGGAAAGGAUAGAGAAGAUCCUAGUCGCUAAUAGAGGCGAAAUAGCCUGCAGGAUCAUCAGGACCGCGAAGCGGCUCGGUAUUCGGUCUGUUGCCGUUUACAGUGACGCCGAUAAGGAUGCGCUUCACGUUAAAUAUGCGGAUGAGGCGAUUCGCAUUGGACCGCCCCCCGCUCGGCUGAGUUACCUGAAUGGAUCUUCCAUUGUUGAAGCUGCUGCUCGUGCGGGUGCUCAGGCUAUCCAUCCUGGUUAUGGCUUCUUAUCAGAGAGUGCUGAUUUUGCUCAACUCUGUGAAGAUAAGGGUCUUUCAUUUAUUGGGCCUCCUGCAUCUGCGAUACGAGACAUGGGCGAUAAAAGUGCAUCAAAGAGAAUAAUGGGUGCAGCAGGGGUGCCGCUUGUGCCAGGAUAUCAUGGCAGUGAGCAAGAUAUUGAACUGAUGAAGUUAGAAGCUGACAAAAUUGGAUAUCCUAUCUUGAUAAAGCCAACACAUGGAGGUGGAGGGAAGGGCAUGAGAAUUGUACAAAGUCAAAAUGACUUUGUUGACUCUUUCUUGGGAGCACAAAGAGAAGCUGCAGCUUCUUUUGGCAUAAAUACAAUUUUACUGGAGAAAUACAUCACCCAACCAAGACAUAUAGAAGUGCAGAUAUUUGGUGACAAACAUGGCAACGUACUGCAUUUAUAUGAGAGGGAUUGCAGUGUGCAAAGGAGGCACCAGAAGAUAAUUGAAGAAGCUCCAGCUCCAAAUGUUACUGAAGAAUUUCGUUUGCAUGUUGGUCAGGCUGCUGUAUCUGCAGCUAAGGCAGUUGGUUAUUACAAUGCCGGAACUGUAGAGUUUAUCGUUGACACCACAACAGGCCAAUUUUAUUUUAUGGAGAUGAACACCCGACUUCAGGUUGAGCAUCCUGUGACUGAGAUGAUUGUUGGUCAAGAUCUUGUGGAGUGGCAAAUCCGUGUUGCAAAUGGAGAGCCUCUUCCUAUGAGUCAGUCACAGGUGCCCUUAUCAGGUCAUGCAUUUGAAGCUCGAAUAUAUGCCGAAAAUGUUCCAAAAGGGUUUCUCCCUGCAACUGGAGUUCUUCAUCAUUAUCACCCUGUAUCAGUCUCAUCAACAGUUCGUGUUGAGACUGGAGUUGAGCAAGGGGACACUGUUAGCAUGCACUAUGAUCCUAUGAUUGCAAAGCUUGUAGUCUGGGGAGAAAAACGUCCUGCAGCAUUACUGAAAUUGAAGGAUUGCUUGUCAAAGUUUCAGGUUGCUGGUGUGCCAACUAAUAUUGGUUUUCUCCAAAAGCUUGCGCACCAUAGGUCUUUCGAAGAGGGCAAUGUAGAAACCCAUUUUAUUGAGCACCAUAAGAAUGACCUCUUUGCUGACCCUAAUAAUAAAGAAAUUGCUCAGCAUGAGUUCAGUGAAGCAAGAUUCAGUGCCAAUCUCGUAGCUGCAUGUGUUUGUGAAAUGGAGUGCUCUGCUUUGAAGGAUAGUCCUCCUGCUGGACAGAACUUGCAUUCCAUUUGGUAUGCUCAUCCUCCUUUCAGAGUCCAUCACCAUGCCAAGCAUACCAUGGAAUUCGAGUGGGAUAAUGGUUAUGAUGAUGUUAGCUCAAAGCCUUUGGUGCUUUCUGUCACUUAUCAGCCAGAUGGAAACUAUCUGAUGGAGAUGGGAGAGAAUACAACCAGUUUGGAAGUCAAAGCAACACAUCUAAGCAACCAGGACUAUAGUGUUGAAGUUGAUGGUGUGAGAAUGCUUAUUAAUUUAGCUGUUUAUACGAAGGAUAAAACUAAACAUAUUCAUAUAUGGCGUGGGUCACAUUAUCAUCAUUUCAGACAGAAGCUGGGCCUUGAGUUGUCUGAUGAAGAUGAAACCCAGCAUAAAACCAGUUUUGAGAACACAAGCCACCCUCCAGGGACUGUUGUGGCACCAAUGGCUGGUUUAGUGGUCAAGGUACUUGUGAAUGAUGGGACAAAGGUGGAACUGGGGCAGCCUGUAUUGGUCCUAGAAGCAAUGAAGAUGGAGCAUGUGGUAAAGGCACCAUCUGCUGGCUAUGUCCAUGGUCUUCUUGUCAAAGCUAGUCAACAGGUUUCGGAUGGUAGUUUCCUCUUUCGCAUCAAGGAAUGAAUAGAAUUCAGCUUCAUAGUCUGGUUUUCAUGAAAAAGUCUGGCUGAAGCAAACUUGGUGUACAGUUAGAGAGAAUAGGCGAGAUGCCUCAGCUGCAAAGCAUGUCUGCGGUAAGGAAUUAAUUCAUAAUAACAUCGGCAAUUUUUACAACCACAUCAUGUGAAAAUAAAGGGUGGAAAAAGAACGGAAAACCCAUUGUAUGCAUGAUGUAACAGCAACAUAUUCUUAGAAACUACAUUUGAUCUGCCAAUAAUGUGUUUCUAUAAUUCUAUAUUCUGGCUCCUUCCUGCCUUUUACGUUCUGCUUUCUGCCUGAAAUUCUCUCUCCCACACGCGCACGGCACACACACACCAGCAUACACUAAUGUGGAGGAUUAAUGGGUACCUCCCAUUUCCCUGCAUGGUGCAGGCAAACAUAAGAGUUUUCUUAUGAGAAUGGAGUUGAUAAGGAGAAGAAUUAACUAUUUUCAUUGCA